AGAUGGCAGCUCAUAAAAAAAAGACUGGAGGUGUAAAGAGAUUUGCGAAUGCUGAAUAAUAUUGGGAGGAUGAGUCAGUGAUUUAUAACUAAUGUGAUAUAUUCAUACAGGCAACUUUUGAAAAAACAGUCAAUGCAAGCAAUGCAGAAAAAAUAAAUUAUAAAAUUAUUGCUGAAGGUGCUAACAACCACCAUGGCAGCGAAAGAAAAACUUCUUGCUAAAGGUGUUAUCUUUUUACCAGAUAUUUUGCUUAUGCAGGCGGUGUAACAGCAAGCUAUUUAGAAUGGCUAAAAAAUUUGAAACAUAGUAAUCCAGGAAGAAUGACUAGAAGAUGGUAAGAAUAAGGCAAACACAGAAUUCUUGAAGUCAUCAAAAUGAGACCCGGACUCAAUAUAAAUAUUAAAGAUAGUAAGUUAGCUAAAACAAUGUUAGAAGACCAUCGAAGUAAAUUUUAGUAUAAAACUGAUUUAGUUCACACAGCCUUGAAGCCGUCAAUAACAUUAUGGCUAUAUCUUUAGAAUAAAAGGUUAAUUUUAGACUAGCUGCUUACAUUAGCGCUAUCAGCAAGCUAAACGAGCAUUUUGAAAUGGCUGGAGUUGAAGCAUGAUCGUGUUUUUACGAAUAUUAUUCAUUAAAACAUUCUAAUAACUAUUUAGUAAGAUUUAUUGCUUUAUUUGGCUAUGGUAUUUUGGUAUCUUUGAUUAUAUUUCAGAAUGAGGGG